AAAGAUUGUCCAACAUUGGAUUUGGAUAAACUUCUUGAAGAUGUUCAAAAUGGUUUACAUCCAAUAACAGCUUAUCAUUUAUUAUUUCCAACUCAUAGUACACUAAAUCUCUUAAUAAAAUCUCUUCUAUCAGAUAAAACUCUACCAACAUCAACAUCAUUUUCAUCAUUUCCUUCAUCGAAUCUAACGAAUACAGAUAAUGAUUUAACAACACCAACACAAGCGGCAAUAGAUUCAGCACUUUUUUAUUCAACCAAUACAAAUGAUCCAAAUUCAAUAACAUCAAAUACGAAUGGAAUGAAAACACGAAAUGGUAUAACAACAUUUGAACGAUCAUCGUCAUCAACAAAUGAUACUGAACAUAAUACAAAUGAUUCAUCAUCAACAAUUAUUAAUACAAAUACUUCUACAACAUCAUUAUCUAAUAGUGAUGAGAAAGAAAAUCGAAGAAUUAUUGAUAUACAAUGUAAAAUUAAAACAAAAGAAACUCGUUCAUGUUUGUUAUUUAUUAGUGUGAAAUUUCAAGAUCGAUUACAACGUGAUAUGACAGCAGAAAUUGAAUUAGAUGAAACAUCAAGUAGUAUAACGAAAGAAUUACUUGAACUCGGCUUAAUUCAUGAGAGUGAUUAUACACGUGUUGAACAAUCAAUUGAUAAAGCAUUUAAUGCUAUAAUAACAUCUCCCGAUGUUAUUAAUAGUACUUCAACAUCAUUACUUGAUGUGAAAAAAACAGCCGUUGUUGCAGCUACAGCUGCACUUAUAACAUCUCAAGCAUUACAAAAUCAACUAAGUACAUCAUCUACAACAAAUGGAACAUUAAUGGAUGCGAACAAUAUACCAACAUGGACGAAUACAUCACAACCAGUCAUGUUUUUACCGACUUGA